UGGUGUUGAUCAGGAAGAAACAGCAGGAGGUAGAGUGGGGAGGUGCUGGGUGAAGGAGAGGGACUCCAUGGUGUUGAUCAGGAAGAAACAGCAGGAGGUAGAGUGGGGAGGUGCUGGGAGUAGGAGAGGGACUCCAUGGUGUUGAUCAGGAAGAAACAGCAGGAGGUAGAGUGGGGAGGUGCUGGGUGAAGGAGAGGGACUCCAUGGUGUUGAUCAGGAAGAAACAGCAGGAGGUAGAGUGGGGAGGUGCUGGGAGUAGGAGAGGGACUCCAUGGUGUUGAUCAGGAAGAAACAGCAGGAGGUAGAGUGGGGAUGUGCUGGGUGAAGGAGAGGGACUCCAUGGUGUUGAUCAGGAAGGAACAGCAGGAGGUAGAGUGGGGAUGUGCUGGGUGAAGGAGAGGGACUCCAUGGUGACUCUGACGUCUCUAGCUGAGGAGGAAGGAAUGGGUGUGAUAGAUUCCAGGCGAAUAAAGAUGGAAAGAUCAGAGGAGGGUGGAGGACAAGGAGGAGUUAGGAGCAGUUUAAGAAUGUGUCAUUCUCAGUAACCUGAGGAUUGUGCAGCGAUUUACUCAGCCUAGACCAGAGCUACCGUCCUGUAUUUUUUAAUUCCAAUCCCAAUCUAGUCCAUCUGAUUCUAAUAAUUAACUGUUUGACAAGCUGAAUCAGGUUAGUUACCACUGGGGUUGUAGUGAAAACCUACAGGAGGGUAGCUUCCCAUGAUCAGGGUUGGAGAGCCCCGGUGUGAAACUACAGGAGGGUAGCUCUCCAGGAACAAGGUUGAAGAGCCCUGCCCUAGACUGAUAUAUUGCUCGACCUCUAAUUCCAACCAAGAGUCAUUAUAUCCCUUGGUUAUCGUUUGAUCCUUAUAUCUUGACUUUAAUUUCCUUUUAGUGCUUUGAAUGUCUGAAUCAGAUCUUCUUUGAGUUGGAGCUUGAAGUUAUGUGUACAAAUUUAUAUUUUAUAGGUUACUUGACGCACACACGCGCACACACACACACUCAACAUGGCAACCACACUGGAACUAAUAGGUGGUCAAGGAGGCAGUUCAUUUGAAUUCCACGGCAUGAACAACUGUGCCACCCUCAAGAAGAUCGGAGUGGCGGUGGGAGGCUCGCAGGUCAAAGCUGUGCGGGCGGAGCUUACCGACGGGCGCGUUGCGACCUUUGGAGAUGCAAACACUUUCAAUGAGUUUGAGUUCAAACUCGGCGAGCGCAUCACCAAGCUGUCGCUGUGGGGUAACGGCGCCGGCACACGUCUGGGUGCCAUCAAGUUCACGACGAGUGAGAACCGUCAGUUCUUUGAAAAAAUGACCAGCUGGGGACUGAAGACUGAGUACACCAUAGAUGUGGGGUCCGGAAUCUGCCUGGGGCUGCAGGGCAGGUAUGGCUCGGACAUCGACUGCAUGGGCUUCCUCUUCAUCAACACCAUCAAGUCGUCCGUGCUGACCGACAUGACGUAUCCCACCCUGUCCCUCUUCAAACCCCAGGUGAGCCCAGAAUAUGUGAAAUCCCUGUCUCACCACAACGACACCUCCUUGGUUCAAGAAGAAUCCAUUGCAUACAGCAAGACACUGACCAAAACGUCCUCCUGGUCCGUCAGCAACAAGAUAGAAUCCACCUUGAAUGUGUCAGUUAAAGCGGGGAUCCCAGAUCUGGUCGAGGUGACAUCAGGUUUCAGCUUGACCGUGGGAGUGGAGCAUUCCACCAGCCUGGAGAAGACAGAGACCAUAACAGAAUCGGACACCAUCAACGUGAAGAUCCCACCAGGGAAGACCCUGGAUGUUGAGAUCACAGUGGGGAGAGCAAAUAUCGACCUCGACUACGAGGCCAAAGUGAAAGUCACCUGCAUGAAUGGCAGUCAGCUGGUCUUCCCAUCCAACGGCACCUACACUGGUGUGACUUACACUUCAGCGAGGGUAUCCACAAAGGAGAGAUAAUAAGUACAGUGAUAGUAUUAACUAAUUGUUUGAGUGCCUUUUCUUUUACUGUGAUCAAUUUCAAGUGAUUCUAACUGAACCCAGUUGACUCAGCACUUUAUUUCUGUCUCAGCAGAGGGUAUAACAGCAGGUGGGUCAUUCCUACAAUCUGGUGCCUUUUAUGUCCAAUGACAUGUUAACACAUAUUCUGUGUGAAUUAUUGAACAACAUUCACUACAAAAUGUUUUCUUAUAUGCUUAGACCCCAUUUACCAUAAAAAACAAUGUUAUGUAACUAUAAUAAAUGUCAUUUGUAAUAAA